AUAUUAUGAAAUUAUCAUAUAUCUUUACAUAUCUGGGUCAUUGAUAGUUUGUAAUCGUCGGCGCCGAGAUGGGUUCGAGUCCGGUGGUUGGAAACGUCGGCGGCGCGUCGGAGAAAGCGCGGUGGCGCGUGCAUGAUAAUGGCGGUGGCGUGCAUUAUCUAUUUGUUUCGUUUUUAUUAUGUAGCUCAGUUGGGGUUUUUUAUAUUUUUUAUUUAUUUAGUAAUCCUAAUUUAAAUAAUUAUAAUUAUAAUUAUAAUCAUAAUAAUAAUAAUAAUAAUAAUAAGAAUUUGAUUGGUUGUCAAGAAGAUAAUGAAGGUUCAUGGGGAAUUGGAGUUUAUUAUGGGGAUUCACCUUUUUCUCUUAAACCCAUUGAACAUAUGAAUAUAUGGGUCAAUAGAAGUGCAGCAUGGCCCGUCGCAAACCCAAUUUUGACAUGUGCUUCAGUUACGGAUUCUGGGUUCCCAAGUAAUUAUGUUGCUGAUCCUUUUCUUUAUGUUAAGGAUGAUAUUCUUUACAUGUUUUUCGAAAGCAAGAAUCCAGUUACAAUGCAAGGAGAUAUUGGGGUUGCAAGAAGCAUGGAUAAUGGUGUCACCUGGGAACAAUUAGGAGUAGCUUUAGAUAAAGACUGGCAUCUUUCACAUCCGUACGUGUUCAACUACAAUCAUCAAAUAUACAUGAUGCCUGAUGGGAGAGGAAAAGGGGACGUUCGUCUUUACCGGGCAAUAGAGUUUCCAUUAAAGUGGAAACUUGAAAAGAUCAUCUUGGAGCGUCCUCUAGUUGAUACAUUUAUCAUACAACACAAAGAAAUGUAUUGGAUUUUUGGUUCUUAUGAUAAUGGGCUAGCCUACGAAGAUCUCGAAAUCUGGUAUAGUAGUUCACCAUACGGCCCAUGGACUCCACACAACAAAAACCCCAUUUCAGCACCUCGUAAUGGAGGCAGACCCUUCGUUUACAAUGGGAAUCUUUAUCGGUUAGCUCACGAUAAUGAACGUGUCCGCGUGUUCAAAAUUGAAGUUCUUCAGUCUUACAAUUACAAAGAAGUAGAAGUUGAUUUUGGAAUUGAACACCCGAAAAAAGGUAAGAACGCAUGGAAUGGGGCUCGGUCGCAUCACCUUGAUGUUCAACGGUUAAGGACCGGGCAGUGGGUUGCCGUUGCAGAUGGUGAUAGGACUCUCUUUGGAGAUGUAACAAGCCGGCGCAUGGUUGGGUGUGGUUUGUUUUUGGUUGGUGGUUUAAUUGUUUUCCUUGUGUGUUGGCUACUCGGGUUUGUCAAGUGCUUUCUUCCUCUCAAACACAAUAUAAAGAAGAGAAAUGAUGUUUUGUUAGCUUUGGAUAGGUUGAAAAUGAGAUUACGCUUGAAUAUUAACCCAGACACCUACAUGGGUAAAUUUGUUUUAUCGUUCUUUUUGAUAGUAUCAGUUGUGAUAUUAUGUGUUGGAUUUGGAUACAUAUAUGGAGGAAAUGGUGCAGAAAAACCGUAUCCUGUCGAUGGUCUUUAUUCUCAGUUUACGUUAUUAGCAAUGACAUACGAUGCUCGAAUAUGGAACUUGAAAAUGUAUGUAAACCAUUACUCUCAAUGCGCUUCAGUCCGUGAAAUACUGGUUGUUUGGAACAAAGGGAAGCCGCCUGAUCCAAAGGAAUUUGACUCGGCCGUUCCAGUCAGGAUCCGGGUCGAGGAGCAAAACUCGUUGAACAACCGAUUCAGGCCGGACCCAUUGAUAAAGACCAAAGCAAUUCUUGAGUUGGACGAUGAUAUCAUGAUGAACUGUGACGAUCUUGAGCGUGGAUUUAAAACUUGGAGGGAGAAUCCCGAGCGGCUAGUCGGGUUUUAUCCUCGGCUCGUUACUGGACCAUCACCAUUGCAGUAUCGGCCUGAGAAACACGCUCGUAAACACAACGGUUAUAACAUGAUUUUGACCGGGGCAGUGUUUAUUGAUCAUGACGUGGCGUUUAAGAGGUAUUGGAGUGACGAAGCAGAGUUAGGGCGGAAAACAGUGGACGAGGUUUUUAACUGUGAAGAUGUUCUAAUGAACUUCCUAUAUGCAAAUGCCACACCUACUGGGCCGACAGUGGAGUAUAUAAAACCGGCUUGGGCAAUCGAUACAUCAAAGUUUUCAGGUGUAGCAAUUAGUGGGAAUACACAAGCACAUUAUCAAGUGCGAAGCAAGUGCUUAGAAAAGUUUACGACGUUAUAUGGAGGAUUAACUGAUCGGAAAGUUGAGUUCAGACGUAGGAAGGAUGGCUGGGAUCUGUAGAAUUACUGUAUAUAUAAGUGUAUAACAUCUGGAUUGGAUGAUGAAAGUGCUGCCUGCCAUAGUGUUGGUUUUGUUGUCAAAUAUGAUGCAAAAUUUUUGGAAUGUAUUUUUGUACAUCAAAGAUGGUAGGGAAUAAAAUAUAUAAUCAUUUUAGUUUCCA